AUGUCCGACCCACUCGACCCACGCGCCCUCCUAGCACUCCUCCCACACCUCCUCCCGCCCUCCUCGUCUUCCCCACUGCCCCGCCCCGCCGACUCGAUCGCCGCACUCGUACACGCCAUCCACGUCGCGCUGGGGUUCCGCCGCGAACCGAGCGAGACGGUACCCAUUGCGGGCCAGCCUGGCGACACCCAGGCUCAGUCUGGACCAAGCAGCGACACGGCGACCACCCCCACGGCCACGGCCACCGCUGGCCCUAGCGGCGAUGCAAUGGACACGGACACGGACGUGGGCGAUGACGCGGCGUCCGAAACGACCACGGCCGUCGACCCCGCUGACGACCCCAACCCCGCCGCCCAUGUGGAUGUGGCCCACGGCCGUCUCCCGCAGGGCUGGAACGCGCGCGGCGAGGACGCAUACGUGUUUGCGUACGCGCACCCGCAGAGCUCGAUGCGCUUCCGCGUGCGCGUGGGCCGGAUGGGCGCGAGGGUCCAGAUUGACGCCAUGGCUGAUGUGAGUACUGGUACUGAGAGGUUGAGGUUCUGGCAUGUGUUACGAGUCUGGAGAGUGCUCGAGUUGGCUCGAGGGGGCGAGAGUGCUCUCGAGUGGCUGUUCCCCAAGACGUCGAGUUUGGAGGAGGAUGGCGCGCCACACACGAUCUCGGUCCUAGUCGCCGAUGUGCUCGACACCGCGCGGUUCCCCGUUCCCUCGGCUGCGACUGCCACGGCCGGGGAUCGCGCGCAGACAGACCCGGCCCGUGCGGUUGGAUUCCAGUCGGUCGAUAGCGUACGCAACCUUGUCGACGCCUACAAUCGAGACGUGAUUGCCCGCCUGAUCCCUGGCCUCAACAAGGAAGGCUAUCGCGCACCGUCCGUCUCGUCGGCCCCCGCGCCCGGUGGCGGCGCACGUGAACCCCCGAACGCGGGGCCUGCCGGCGGCCAACCGCCCAACCCUGCGCGUCCCAACCCCCUUAUCGACCCUCUGCACCCCGCCGCCCCUCCCGCCGGCCUGGGCGGUGUGCCCGUCGCGAGCAUUGGACACCGCGACCUGGACCCGUUUGGCGGCCGCAACCCUCUGGACCCGCUCGGCCGUCCCGCGCCAGGCAGCGCCGGCGGCGGCAUGCUGGCCGACUUCAACCACCCGCUCUUUGACUCGCGGCGCAACCGUGACCGUGACCCGGCUGCUGGGCCUGGCGGCGCGAUCAACCCGCCCGGCGCGCGCUGGGACCCCGUUGGGCCCGACACGAGUGGCAGCCUCGGACCGCGGUUCCCCUCUGCGGGCGGCAACCCGCUCGGAGGGGUGGGUAUCACCGACCCCGAGUGGACGCGCGACCGCUUCGGCGACGACAUGCCCCCGCCAGGCGAGGACGGGCCGCAGCUCGGCUUCAACGUCCGUCCGGGGCUCAACCUGCGCGGACGCGGCGGCAGGCCCGGCGCCGGAGGGCUCGAUGGAGGGCUGCCUGGUGGCGGCAGGUUUGGAGGUGGUGGUGGUGGGGGUGGGUUUGGAGGAGGUGGAGGCGGGUUUGGAGGAGGCGGGUUUGGAGGUGGCAUCAUCUAA